AUGUAUGACUAUUCCCAUUUUCAGCUUAAGUCCCUGCUGCUGUUGAUGCUGGAGCUCACCCUCCUGAGGGAGGUGACAGCCUGGAAAAACCCUAAAGCAGGGGAUACAGCCCUGUGCCCUCCCCUGGAGGAUAACAGCGUGAGGGUGGACAUUCGCAUCCUCAGGCAAAACCAGGGGGCUAUUUCCAUCUCAAAUGAUUUCCAGAACCGCUCCAGUUCCCCCUGGGAUUACAACAUCACCCGGGACCCCAACCGGUUCCCCUCGGAGAUCGUGGAGGCCCAGUGCAGGCACUCGGGCUGCAUCAACACCGAGGGGCAGGAAGACAGCUCCAUGAAUUCCGUUCCCAUCCAGCAGGAAUUCCUGGUCCUGCGGAGGGAGCCCCAGGGCUGCUCUCGCACCUUCCGGCUGGAGAAGGUGCGGGUGACUGUGGGCUGUACCUGUGUCACCCCCAUCGUCCGCUACGUGCGUGCCUGAACCGCCGCUUGGCUGAAGAAGCUGGAAAAUGCCAUUCCUUACCCAGCGCUCUUCAGCCAGUCCUGUGCAGUCCCAAUUUUCUCCACUUCAUAGGCCUCUUGAUAAGACCUGUGCGGAAUUCUCAAAGCUCUGUAGUAGUUAUAGUGUUAAGUUUCUGGGGUGCCUCCAAAUCAUAGCAUAGUCCUGAGCGGUUCCACUGCCCCAGCCCCCUGAAAAUGGCUGGAGGAGAAUGAAGGCGCCCUUGGCCUGCUCUGUUUACGUGCAGCGAUGACCACUUCCUAGCCACAUCAACACUGUGAUACGGUGCCACUCCCCGAGAAUUCUGUUGGCAAAUUGGGGCUCUGUGCCAUGUGGAUGAAAAUGUAAAAAAUACAACCACAAUGUAAGAGUGUGUGGGAGGGACUGUGCAGGGUGGGGUGGGAAGGAUGGGGAUAAGGAUCUAGAGCAUAUGUUUAUUAAAUAUUUGCUAAACACAGAAGUUGGCCUGAUACUUACAUUUGUAAGGAAACUCUCUAUAUAUUUAUGAUAUAUUGGUUAUAUAAAAUUUUAGGAGAAAAAUGAACAUAU